AUGAUGGAAGCUUGGGUGGCCUGUGACUGGGAGCUGGUGCCCACAGGCUUGAAGGCCUUGGGUAACGAUAUUGAAGCACCAGUUGGCCAAGUGGAGAAGGGUGUUCAGGUCUCAGGUUAUUUUCCAGGGGUCACCGUGGACCACGUGGCUCACUGCUACAUGAACUUCAACGACCGUGCUGGCUGGGAUAGGCAGAUGGAUGGCUUCAAGGUGCUGCAGCAUGGCGAGGGCAAUGACCUCAUGCACACGGUACUUCACUCACCCCCAUUGUCGGAUCGUGACUUCUUGGUGUGGCACAUCGUUCUUCGCCACACCAAUGGAAAGGGCCUGAUGUUCUAUAGCCGGUCUGCAGACGACAGCUUCUAUCCUCCUGGUCGUGCAGUGAGGGCCAUGCAGUAUAUCGGUGCUCAUCAGUUGAUUCAAGAUUCAGGCUGCAGUGGGGUGACCUUUACCACAAUCACUGCAGUCGAGCCUUACAUCCCGUUUCUCCCAAGGUGGGUGAUGAGCCUUUUGCUGCCGUCUGAGUUCAAGCGUUGGCGGAGUUCUGUGUUGCGACGUUGCAGCGAGCUGCGUGGUCAGAGGGUACCGUGCACUGGGCUUUUUACUUUGGACACACCAGAGGUCAAGCCGGUUCUGAUGGAUGUUUAUAGCACCUACCGACGCUGCACGCUCCGAUCCAAGCGCCUGGCUGGAAGCUACUGGGCGCUCACUGGAUCGUGCUUGCCUCUGAUGGAGUGCUAUUCGCACGAUUCGCAGAAGAUGAAGAUGUACAACCAAAGUCUUUGUGUGGAGUUGCCCUGGCUCGAUGCUGUUGAGAUCUCAGCCACUCGGGGCUUUUUGGCCACCUACAUCCAGGAGACCCUUUUAUUUGGGCGCCCUGCUUUGCAGCAGUUGGGCACAGGUCAGAUAGCGCAUCAGGGUCAACAAAAGGUGCGCAGUCAAGCCUUUUAUGUCGGCCAACCGGAGUUGUGGAUUCUGGUCUUGGAGCACAGAUUGAGUUCCAUCACAGGAACGUGGUCCGGUCAAGACCUGAUUGGUUUCUUGCGGCAGGAGCAACUUGAUACUGGCUACAGCCAUCCAAUAGAGCAUGUCGCGCAUGGUUUGCCCAAGGAGGUCAAGACGUGGUUUGGCGGUGCAAAAGAUCGACGCUUGCAGGUCAGACUCUUUGAGCUCUUGCAAGCAGCUGGUGUGACGCUCGAUCAGGAGUGCAGCCGCUGUGCAGAGUUCAACCUCACAGGGGAAGCUGCCAGAUUGCGACGCAUUGGUCUUGAGUUGGAUGUGACGCUCUUCUACUCAAACCUUUGGUUCCUCUGGUCUGACAUCUCAACCUGGUUCUUGCCAAACAAGGAGGUGACGUUCGAGCUGCAAGUGAAAGCACGCGAGCCAGUGGAAGGAGUGCGCACCAUCCGCACAAUUGGGCCUGCGCAAUCCUUCUUCCAAGAUGAGGAAUAUCACAAUCAGACUGCUCGGGUUACUCGUCGCAGUUUUGGCAUCCGCCUGCUGUUCCAUCAGCGAGGUGUUAUAGGUAAGUGGGAUUCCAUGAGUUUAGCUUUCUUUCUGCUACAAAGUUGCACCUUCCUUGGCGUUGCUUGGACGCUCACUGAGUUGCUUUGUACCUUCAUUCCUGUACUUUGCGACCUAUGGGGCUGGCCUCCACCGGCAUGGUUCGAGAGCUUGCAGAGGGCGCAGCGUGACAAGAUCGACUGA